AUGUUUGGCCCCGCAAAGGGUGGCCAUUUUGGAGUCCACCCGGCGGCCAGUUACCCCGGCGGCGUCUCUCAACCUGCUGCCGGGACCAAAGCUGGCCCCGCCGGAGUCUGGCCUGUGGGCGGCCGGACCAACACGAUGUGGCGGCUCCGCUGCAAGGCCAAGGAUGGCACUCAUGUUUUGCAGGGGCUGUCCAGUCGCACCCGGGUGCGGGAACUCCAGGGCCAAAUUGCCGCCAUCACUGGGAUCGCCCCCGGCGGUCAGCGCAUCCUCGUCGGAUUCCCGCCUGAGAGCCUGGAUCUGAGCAACGCGGAUACCAUUUUGGAGGACUUGCCCAUCCAAUCAGGCGACAUGCUGAUCGUUGAAGAAGACCAAACCAGGCCCAAAACUUCACCUGCAUUUACAAAACAUGGUGCUCCUAGUUACGUCAGGGAAACUUUGCCUGUGCUUACUAGAUCCGCGGUCCCAGCAGACAACUCUUGCCUCUUUACCAGCGUAUUCUAUGUGGUUGAAGGAGGAGUUUUGAAUCCAGCUUGUGCCCCUGAGAUGAGACGCCUCAUAGCACAAAUUGUAUCAAGUGAUCCAGACUUCUAUAGUGAGGCAAUACUGGGAAAAACAAAUCAAGAGUACUGUGACUGGAUCAAAAGGGAUGAUACUUGGGGAGGAGCAAUUGAGAUAUCAAUUUUGUCUAAGUUUUAUCAAUGUGAAAUAUGUGUAGUGGAUACACAGACAGUAAGAAUUGAUCGUUUUGGGGAAGAUGCGGGGUAUACUAAAAGAGUCCUGCUUAUGUAUGAUGGCAUCCACUAUGAUCCACUUCAGCGUAACUUCCCUGAUCCAGAUACUCCUCCUCUGACCAUUUUCUCCACUAAUGAUGAUAUUGUUCUUGUACAAGCACUGGAAUUAGCAGAUGAAGCUAGAAGGAAGAGACAAUUUACUGAUGUAAACCGCUUCACCCUGAGAUGCAUGGUGUGUCAGAAGGGAUUAACUGGACAAGCAGAAGCAAGGGAUCAUGCCAAGGAGACAGGCCAUACCAGCUUCGGAGAAGUGUGAUCUAUGCAUGAUGAAGGUUGAAGCUUACUACCUCACAGAUCCAGAAGGCUCUGGGUUUUCCAAUAAGC